GAGUUUAGCCUAUGCUCGGCUCAGCGUAAUGGAUAGGACAGGACGACGACAACGGCUAGAGCUAGGGGAGAGGAAAGCAGCUCGGAGACUGUUCCGUGUCGUCGGCGUAACAGAGCGCUCUCUGGGCCCGUUCGCUACUGUGUGUCCGCACGAUCAAGCGAGAGGAUACUUAUCAAUCUGCUUCCGAGACACACUUCACGACAGGCCAUUGGAAGAUGUCGAGCGGAAGGAGCUGCGCUUGUCUGCUGAUGAUGUGCUUGCUGCUGUUGCUGGGCAGUCAGGAGAUCGCGGCGAGAAGAGGUCGCGCCCGGAGCAGGAGCAAGUCCAGGGUGCAGAUAGGUCUGCCCAUAACCGGCAAGUACCGCGACCCCGAGAGCGAUCAGUACUACAAUAAUCAGCACGGAGCCAAGAUAUUGCUAGCCUCACAUUUCGAUCUCGAGUACGUUCUCGGACACAAGAUUGCUUUCCUAUGCGUCGCUCGCGGAACGCCCCGGCCGCACAUCACCUGGUACAAGGACGGAAACGAGAUUUACACCCACCUCUAUUUGCACGUACACGAGUGGCAGAUGGGUAAAGACAAGGUCAAGUCGAAGCUAGAGAUCGAUCCAGCGACGCAGAUGGACGCCGGCGUCUACGAGUGCACGGCCGACAACAUGUACAGCAUCGACCGGAGAUCCUUCAAGACUGACUUCUCCAUCGCUUUCGAUUAGGCUUACUUUUAUCCUAUGCGCACUUUGUACUGAGAAUAAAUCUUUAUACAUUGGACCAAAGAGGGCUGUUAUAAACUCUGUGCGCUCCCUUGUUUCUUGAAAUGAAAUUUAGUUUUAUUUUACUUUUAAAUUUGAUAUUUUUUUAUCACUGAAAGAGAAAUAUGGACGGUGCAGAAAUCAAUUCAUUCGUUUCAAGAUCUCAAUUCAAGAAACAGAGCGAGAGUGUGUAUUUAUAGAAAUUUUUCUGGACACCUUGAACGAUGAACGUAUUAUCGCUCUGCCAGUCAAGAAAGAAUUUUGUAGGAAUUUUUGACGAUUUUACGAAUACUUUUUUUUAAAGCGUAACAAUUAGAAAAAUAUUCCUGUGAUUGUAAGCUGUAAGCACGUGUUUUUCUAUACUCCAAUAGUUUCUUCUCAGUACACGAAUAAAUCCUAAGAUAUAUUGCGAAAAAUUAUCUACUCUUACGUCAAACUGUGUAUCUGUACUACAGAAAACCAUUUCACAGUGUGUAUCCAAACGACAGUCAAGCAGCUUGUAUUUUUAGACUUUUCUAUUCUUUGACUCAAAGCAAAUGUGACAAUAAAUUUAACUGAGGCACGUA